AUGGCCCGUGCCCAGGAGUUGGGCGGUUUCUUUGCCCUGCCCCAGCGCCAGCCCGAGGAACAAGGCUGGACCAGCGCCCGCGACCUGUUCAAGGGUGACGACCAACGGCUGGGCGAGUUGGUUAUGGCCUAUGGGCAGCGGGCCUGGGAAAGUGACAACCGCCACGUGGCCGGCUCCGCUUUCCUGGUUGCCUACCUCAGCCGCGUUGUUUUCCCCCUGGUGGGGCAAUAUGUCCUGGAGCGGCGGGUGCCCGAUGUGUCCCUGGACAACCUUUCCUUCCACUGGAACGGUUCGGGAAUUGACGCCACCGGCCUGAACUGUCUUGCCUUCGCCGCAUUGCCUGACGAUUCGGCCGUUAACCACUUAGAUGCGAUGGCCGUAGCCGACGCUGAUGCCCUUUACGCCCAGCUAAAGGUUUGGUUGUUCGAUGACAACCUGAACAUCGUGAUUGACAGUCUGCUGCGUGCUGCGGGCGCCAGUUGGAAAGUGUCGCUGAACGCAGUGGCCGCCGCCUUUUCCCAAGUACUAAACCGCCUUUACGCCACGGCAGGCCGCCCCGAAGAGGUGGUCCGGAUAGCCGCCUCCUUCCUUACCGACCCUGACUCGCCCAUUUACGGGCAGCUGACCAUGGAGGAGUUCCAAUACCAGGGCCGCACGGGGUUCUUCUCGCGCCGCCGGGGGUGCUGCCUGUGGUGGCGGUCGCCCCGUUCCAACGAUUAUUGCUCCAACUGCAUCCUGUUGCCCCCGGACCAGCAAGACCAGCGCUUUCGGGAGAUGCUGGCGGGGCUGCGGUGA